AUGGCGCAAAGGGCGAGUGAUCGAGCCUCGGAUGAGGUGCCUUUCCUGGCCGACGAGGAAAAGGACGUCUUUGCAACUGCGAGGCGACCGUCGAGGCGAGAAACGAGAUGGGCUCGCCUUUUGCCAUACUCUGGCGCACUGAACUUGACGCUGCUGGUGGCACUGAUCGCGACGUGGGCCUUGCAAAGACACGACCCGAACAAGGCGUAUAUUCCAAACGAGAUAUACUCACCUGCGCAAUCCGCGGUGGAGUAUGAAACAGUCGUCUUUACAGGUGGUCUGCGAGGCGACAAGUCAAAGUUCCAGGGCUCCUCGAGCGAAGUGGACGCUGUGUGGGAUGAGAUGUACAACGAUGUGUUGAUAUCCGCCAUUUCCCCCGAAUCAGCCGCCAAGCUCCCCAACGCAACAACGCCAUUCACGUACGACACGGACCACUACAUCAUCGAGCUCGACGUCUUCCACCAGCUGCACUGCCUCAACAUGCUGCGCAAGCUGGUGUACCCCGACGCUUACAAGAUGGACCUGACGUCAGGCUCGGAGGAAGCCGAGGACAACAUCUUUCACAUGGAGCACUGCUACGAGCAGCUGCGGCAGUCGCUGCAGUGCUCGUCGGACAUCAGCACGAUCUACUGGGAGUGGAGCGAGAAGAAGCAAAGGAUGUUUGGAAACGUGCACACGACGCACACGUGCAGGAACUUUGAGAAGAUUAGGGAUUGGGCGGUGGAGCACCAUGCGACGACGGACUUGGACUUUUCCAAGCAUGUAAAGGGAGCACCGUUGCGGCAUGAUUAG